AUGGAGGACGAAAUGAGCGAUGGGGACAUCGUGUGGGUGAAGGUGAGCAACAGCUGGUGGCCGGGUGAGGUGAUGGGCGAGUCACGCCUGUCCGAAGAGUUUCUUUCCUCGCUUCGGAAAAAGCCGCUAGCGGUGGUCAAAUUUUUCCAAGAGGAUUCCUAUGAAUACGUAAAAAAUCCCAAUUUUAUCUUCAAGUAUAAUUGUCCACGCAAGAACGAAUUUCUUCGCAAAGGUUUGGAACAAUAUCGUGCUAAAAUGAAACACAUGGAAAAGUUUCCGUCUGAUGUGAUGCAUGCCGAACGUGUAACAGGAGGUGAUCCGGACAUUGUUAAUUCAACUGAUUUCCAAGCACAGAAGAAGGAACGCUAUUCAGGUUUAUUUCAAGAUGGACGCUCAUCCACUGGUAAAGGAAAGAGCCCAAAAGAAAAACCAAACCCUUCAUCUUCAAAAAUAUUUGGAACACCCAUUUCGUUUGGGUCGGGUCGUAAAACGAUACAUGAGGUUCGAAUUUUAGCGCAACCUUCAAGCGCCUCAACCGACAGUGAAGCUAUUGCAGCUCUACCAGCAGAGAACGUGUCCCUCACUGGGGCACAGUCACUACUAUCUUCUCCCGGGCAAGUGUAUCAUUGUUACAAGUGUAACAAUUACAGUGCCAAUCGACAAAAUCUGAUCAUGCUGCACAUAAAGCAUUGCCGAGCAAGCUACACAGCCGCUAGUGGAUUAUCUUCGUCAACCACUACAACAUCAACGGCACCUGCUCGUAAAGUUUCGUAUGAAAAGGAGGAAGAAUCGGCUGAAGAGAUCGAGCUGGAACCGGAUAGUAAAAUCGAUCAGUCUAGACGAUCGUUACCAACGACAAGCAAGACAAAAUCCUUCGGAUCACCUAUCAGGAAUGUCGAACUAUCCAUUCCCGCUAAGGUUGAAUUGUCUAGUGAGAAACGAACGAGAAGAGGUCGCAAAACAACUCCAUUGAGCGAUACGCAGAAGCAUAAGAAACUCGCUCGUGGGAGAAAUAAACGGGGUCAAUCACCAGAGCAAGAUGAGAAUGAAUCAUCCGUAGCCAAACUAAACGACACGGAAGACAAUCGUGCGUCGGUAAACGCUGAUAAACCAGCAGACAUACAGGAAGACGAUGAGAAUCGGCGAGAUCAACCGAAUGUGGCAAGCGUUACGAUGAGCCGUGAUGAAUCAACGGUCAUUGGCAUUAAGAACAGCACAGACGUGAAAUUUAAAAAUGAAUUGCUUGCUGACUGGAGUGAGGACGAACAGGAAGAAGAUGAAGGUGUUAAAGGACAGGAGGCGGUGAAUUUGGAGGAAGAUAUUUCUGUUGUGGAGAAGAAAAUUCCUCCACCAAAAGAUAUUUCGCCUGUUAAACCGGUAAAAUCAGGUACCAAAAAGCAACAUAAAGAAUCAAAACAGGAAAGCAUCAAGCAGACUUUGGCUUCUAAGAAGGUGACAAAACUAGCGGACAAAAAUGAUGCAAGUACAUUUUGCGAGAACGUGGAAACUGCAAAGGGAGAGGAAGCGAAAAAUGAUCUGGAUAGUUCUCUAGAUGAUACUACUACUGCGGCAGCUGUAAAAACCGUGACCCUUGCAACGGUAUCUUCUGCUAGUGCUGCUAAUACGAUUGUUCCUACUGCCGCAACUGUCACGCCAACUGCAUCUCCGCACGCAACGAUCAAGUACAGGAACAUCCCGAAAAAGCAAAAACGUGAAUUCAUCGAAGUCACCAAUGACGAUGUAUCGAUGGUACAGGAAAAGCACACGGUACCAUCGCGCGAAGGAAGCACGGCAAGCAGUUCCUCAACCACUGGAUCCAACGAACUGUGUAUCGGGAAUUCUCAAUCUACGGCGCCCGUGCCGGCAGAGCGCCCGAUUAGUGCUAAACAGCUGAUACUGAACCGUGCUACCCGGGGAUCUAGUAAAUCGCUAAGUGGCGAUGAAAACACGACAACUACUUCGGUGUCGGCUGACAAUGGUGGUACGAUAGGCAAUGCCAGCACGGAACAAAAAUCUCAGUCAGAUGACGCAAAAAAGAAAACGGAGUCUUCCUGUUUCGAUUUUAACGACGAUGAAGAGGAACGACAGCAAUCCAGGGCGUCCCAUAUAUCCACGGCUACAACAACGGUACGAUUAGAUCGUAAAACAGAUCCAUCGGCAGCAGCACAUCAAAAGUCAGCUCUGCUUGAUCCAGAACCGCAAGAAGUCGAUCGGGACGUAAAGCUGAGUCAGGAAAUUGAUUCGCUGCUAUGUGAAAUGGACGUUUCCAAACUGCCCGAAGCUUUGAGCGACGUAAUGGCAGGCGUUUCCGAUAAAAUUGACUGUAAUCGUACGCUGCCGCCAAAGGAACGGGGCAAACGUAUUUUUAAAACGCGUAACAAAACUGCAGCGACGAUUUCGCCUUCGUUGUCUCCGAGCCGCAACGACUACAGUGGUGAAGUAAUUGCGGAAAAUAAAAGUCAAGCAGAGAAGGCGCCAGACAUUCAUGUUGGCUCGCAAGCAGCCGCUAGCAAUGUUGCAAAGGAUAAAAGUAAUAAGAAGCCACAGACCUGUGAGGAGGAAAAACGAAUAGUGAAGGAUAAGAACGAACCGAAGAAAGAGGAGGAUCAUCAGAACCCUUCCGUCACUUCUUCGGCGAUGAGUGAAGAUAUGAUAACACUGGAUGUAGAGCGGCAGCAAGCAGCAAAGAAAAAACGAAAAUCUGAGGAGAUACUGCUCCCGGACAGUAGCGGUAACGGUGAUCAACUGUUUUCGUCAUCCGUACGACGUCGAGGCAAGUUUACUAAAGGUCUUACAGAAUCGUCAGAAAGGCCGAACGAAUCCGCGUCGUCUUCACGCAAAUCGAAAAGGAACCGCCGGGAAGUUUCCUCUUUGCAAGAAACGUCACAAAUCACAGUCUCCAACGAUAAGGAAACUGAAGACAACAAUGCCACGGAACGUACUUCCCGGAAAAUGGAAACGACUGCUACAACUAUUGCAGUAAUUGCGGAUGGCAAUACGACGGUAAAUGACGCACUACCACUGAAGAAACAAUCCAUUGAAACACAGUUGCAACUGAAGAAGGAGGAACUGAUACAGACGAAAAAAUCCUCACCGCCUCCUUCCGUCUCGUUAGCGUCAGAACCAACUGCGACGGAUCUGCAAGUUGCAGAAGCAUUGAUUAAUCUUCCUGUUGCGUCAACAGUCCUGACACCGGUGAGUAGCAGUAGUACGGGUAAUGAUUGUGAAGAAAAAAAUGUACCGAUCAAAGUGCACGAUGCCGGGGAGCAGACGAAGGAACCUAAUAUGGUUGCAAGUUCGUCUCAGUCCAUUGCGGCGGUUGUGGGACAAAGCAGCUCGACUGCCAAGAGCAGCAGCAGCAGUAGCAGUAACAUGACCAAGAGUAUCAACCCUCGAAAGCGCCAUCUACAAUCGAUGAUGCUUACUACGACAGAGGAGACAAACCUUCUUUCAAAGAAGCUGGUCGUGGCGGUCUCUUCAGACUCUUCGGUACCAUCGCAGACAACUUCCACUUUAGAGGACGAAAUAGUCACUAUGAAUGUUGUAGUGCCCGUAAACCAAGACCCUUCAUCCAUUCCAGAGAAAAACAAACAGAAUGAAACGACAUUUGCCGAGGAACAAGCGAAGGAAUUGGCGGUAAAUGAUAAAUUCGACAUUAGCAACAUGCCAAUCGUAAUGGAUGAUUCAGUACUACUGGCGGAUGAAGCGUCUCCUGUAAUGAAUGCUGCCGCCAUCACGGUGAUGAAAGGUGUUAAUGGUGCCGGAACUACUGCCAAGGUCGGGACAGCACACCCGCUAACAACGACCUCUACGCGAGACAAACGGCAAACGACGGUGGCGACUGUGAAAGGAGGUCGUGCCUCCAAGGAGCAAAUUGUGAUAACGAGCAAAGGUACCGUACUAACCACCUCGACGCCAAGCGUAGCUUUCCCAUCGAAGUUUUCCACCUCCUCUAAAGCCGCGGUAUCUGUGACGAGCGCCAUCACUCUUAGUUCCAGCUGUCGUCUAGCUAGCUCAACUCCGACGCUACCACCGAAUGGUUCACAACAAACAUCCACCACAUCGUCAUCACCGCCAACAGCUGCUGCGUCGUCGGUAACUACGCAAUUAGUAGCACCAAAGAUCAUUCUAACUAAGAAACCACUAACGAACACAGCGGCAACACCGUAUGCGGCAAGUACCGUGAAAUCAGAUGCAAUAGAAGGUGGCAAAUCGAAAGCGCAAGACCGUCGCGCAUCCGGUGAUGGGGCAUCGUCCUCAGUCUCCUCUUCUUCCGGCAGCGAUGCAGGAAGCAAAAAAAGUCAUCGCGUGCUGAGGCUUACGCCCCAAAAAUUAAAAGAAUUCAGUCGUCUUGGAUACAUAGAGGAUCGGCAAGGCAAGGGCAAGAUGCUUACCAAGAGCGGGAUGCGUCAGCUGUACGGGAAGCAAGCACAGCUAAAACAGUUGCAGCGCGUUGACCAGUUGACGGCGAAAAAGAAACCUGCUCCAAUAUCUACCAAACUCAUAACAACGACGGAAGGUGCUGAUGUGGUCGAGGGAUCAGACAGUACUACCAGUCCUCGUGCAACCCUGCCCGAGGUGGCGUCCUCUGGUAGCAAUGUGGUAAUUGCGGCUGCAGCCGAUUCGUCCGUGCAGGAGUCAUCUGCCCUAACGGCACGCACCGCAUUGGCGGACCCAAGCGUGGCCGACAUCGAUGAGGAAGAGGAGAUGCUAGAGCAGCAUCAUAAGGUGACCACGGAAAUGGAGCUUCCCGCUUCAUCACUCGUCGCUCCAGCUGGGGCCACCAUUCUACUGGAAGGUUCCACGUCCAGCAGCGGAACCACCCCGGCAGAAAUAAUUCUUGGAUCGACAGCCGAGCUAGCCGUGGUUGGUGGCUCAGCGACGGAAGCUAGCAGUAGCAGCGGGUCGUCUACGGCCGCAACCAGCGGAGGUGUGCAAGAUUCCUCACAGUUGGUAGCUGUUACGGCCGAGAAUUUCGGUGGUCCGCCAAAUCUGUUUUACCUAUGUUCGGUGCGCGAUGAAACCUUCGUACGUGUCAACGAUGAGUUACUCUACCUAGACCCCUCGAACCAGCUAGUUGCCCUGCCCGAACAGCAUCAGCAACAUCCAUCCCAGCAGCAAGGGCCGCAUCAUAGCCAACAAGUGGCCGGCGCCCUGGCGGAAGAUAUUAUCCACCAGGCGGAGGUGAUUCUGCCUACCAUCGGUAGCAAUGGAGCGGAUCUGUCGGGCGAUGGCACUGGGGAGGUAGUAGGCAAUGCGGCCAUCACUGAUGCGACAGGCGCGGCCGUGGUAAAUGAUGGUCCGCAGCAAAGCUUCCUGCUCAACACGCAAGAUGGGCAGCAUAUAAUUCUCGAUCAGCAGAGCCUCAUGGCAUUGGCGGCGGGCGGUGAUACAUCACACAUUAUAACUGCGGACGGCCAACAAAUAGUACUGCAAGAAACGGCCCAGGAAUGGUUGGCGGCACUCUCUGCUAGCCAGCAAGCGCAGCAACCCGGAACAGUUAGCACGCUGGUUACACCGGAAGGGACACAAAUCAUUGUGGCGCAUGAAAAUGCUGGACUGAUCGAACUGCAAGAACAUCCCGUUUUACUGCCGACGGAGAUUAUGCAGGUCAACCCGAACACGACGAUCGAAACAAAUGCCGUGCUAACGAAGCCACCGAUCAUGUCGACGGUGGAGGUACCGAGCAAGAAUGGUAUCGAAUCGGCCAACCGUUGUGCGUCGGAGAAAAGAUCGGCGGUCGCUGUGUCACCGCGGAUGGCGAGCUCCUCCAUUACCGGGGCGGGUGGAUCAACGUCAUCGGGCCCAUCCGCGAUCGUUACCGGUACGAGCGCGAAUCUCGAUGAAACAUUGGCGGCCGUUAUUGGUCACGUACCGAGCAAUCCACACGUACCGACCUCGCUCGAGUUGCCGAUCACCGUCACCAAUCCGGUCAUUGCGAAAACGAGUACGGCCAGCAGCAGAAUUAACUCGGCCCUGUUCCCGCUCACGACGACGGCCACGGCCGUCUCUUCGCUGGCGGACCCAAUCCCGGCAGCGACAGCCGUGGUUCUAGUGUCCAGUGCGGAAGUCCCAGGUACGAUCGAUCGUGUUCCUUCCACAUCUUCAUUAGCAGCUCCGCAGCACUGUUCCUCUCCCACCAGCUCCCUGCCAGUGAUGAAGGGUGAUAGGCAUGCCCUGGAUGCGGACGAAAGCGUAACGGUUCUAGAUUGUAAUGCAAAACCAUAUCCACCAACCGCGGCUGAGCCGACGAUUGCCUUGUCUACGGAAGAGGACGAUAUACAAAUUCCAAACACACCGGAAUCGCAACAAAACAACGAACGGCACCAGCAGUUAGAUGAUGAGUUUAGCGAUGGUGCAGAGCGUGGGGACGAUGUACACAACGACAUCCGGCACCAUUUGCUCGAGGACGGUGAAGAUGACGAGUCGAAUUCGACCUGCAGCGAGAUUAUCGCCAUCCAACCGAACGUGGUUGUGCUGGAUGCUGAACUGUUGCUAAACAGUCCCCCGAACGAUGAUGGCAUUGACGAUGAGAUGGAAAACGAUAGCGAAGACGAGGACCGUAACGAGGUGGUAGUGCAAGUGCGGUCUUACUUCGAACAGCAGCAGCCCCUACAACAGCCCCAGCACCGAUCGCGAAAUGUUGCUGCACGGUCAACGAACGGUGGAAACGGUGAUGAUGGCCGCCCGGACACGAUAAACCUGGCCGAACAGCAUAAUAGUAGUAAUAAUGAUAGUGGAAUUGAUACCAGCAUGGCCAGUGCGGUUGGUGGUGGUGCCGUAUGUGAAGCCACCGCAUCAUCCGCUUCUGUCCGCGAGAGUGGCCCCGUACGUCGGACGAUCGUCGAACGAUAGAUGGUCCGGAGACGGAUAGUUUGAGAGUUGCUUGCGAGUUCCCUUAUUCUGUUUUCACUUAUAAACGGACACUCGAACAUGCACGGUGUUUCGUGCGUGCCUGCCUGGCGCGAAACUGUGUGUAGUGGGUACAAUCUGUGGACAAUAUUUAUAUAGGUAGCUUACAAUUAAUUUUAUUACCAUCCUUACUCGAUAUACUAUUCUCCUUUCUUUUCUUAUUGUAUUAUUAAAGUAUUUUUGUUGCUGUAUGCUGCUUUUAUAGCAUGUUGCUGCUAUUGCAAUUAGAAUAA